AUGCGUCAACCCAAGGAAAGGCAACCUCCCAUGUUACACAACCGUCUAUUCUCCGCACCUAAGCCGCCAGUGGUCUUGCCGGAAUCCGGCUAUAUCCGUUUGCCGCUUGUCCUGGCUUAUACAGGCCUGAGCAAAUCGACCUGGUACGCCGGAGUCAAGGACGGGAUUUACCCCCGUCAGCACAAGAUCGGCCGCCGUGCCGUCGGCUGGGAUGUCGAGGACAUCCGCAACUGGAAACAGGCCAAUAAAGCAGCCUCAUAA